CCGCUCUGAAAACCAACUAACGAUCUGGGAUGCAGCGAUUAGCCUAUCCGAUGGACAGAUUUGGCGCUUCUCAUCUGCAGCGCUGCAGCUCCUACCUCAGCUGAGACAAUCGCGGUUAGGAUGCAGCGAGGCACAGGCGCCUCGCAUCCUGCGUGCUGUACACUCAUCGCACUUGGUGACUGCACUCUUGCGCAGUACUUUGUCUGGAUCGUGAUAGUAUUCAUUCGCGCUAAGCACAGCCUGCCCCCACCAACAAGGCCAACAACCACCUCAGCCUUGUCUUGCCGAAAUGCUUUGCAAAAUAUGCGUGGGUAUGCUAAGGGGUGGAAGAGGAGAAUUGUGGGCAGGAACUCACGACCUAACAUUUGAUCAUCACAAAACUACAACAUCGCUUCGAAGAUCUAGAGAGGCAGAUUGCUCGAUAUGCAUAUCGUUAGCAAACGUCCUUCGGCACGAUAUGGACCUGCUGGAGGAUCAGCCCAUCUCAAUUAAAGCCAGCUUGAGGAGACUACCUGACGACAAGCCGGAUGAGAAAAAGUACUGCCUUGACUUCGACCUAAACAGAUUGUAUAAUCGCAUAUAUUUGCUGAAAGAGACCAACCCAAAGAACCGUCGGUUGCGAACGCCAAGAUCGUUGGACACAUCUUCCGAGGAAGUGUUUGAGGUAGCUCAAAGCUGGAUGAAAGACUGCAAAUGUGGAGACUUCUGGAAAGAGCCUGGCGAGAGGUUUUACCCUAAGCGUCUGCUGGACCUUGAACAGCUUCGCGGCGCCAACGGGAUCACAGACAUAGACAGCUUGACGAUCCUGUCAGAACAUGGCGACGUAGAACGAAAGAAGGUGUACCUGAUUGAGACAGACGAGGUGUUUGUCCAACGUUCAAUCGGCGCUACCGAAUUGUCGAUGAAAGUCUGGGACAGCAAGAAGAAGAAUAAGUCAGUGCGUAAAGAACAGAAAAAUCAUCGUUAUGUUACACUGAGCCAUUGCUGGGGGAAGCCAAAGAGUGUCCAAGGACAGCUCAGAUUGGACGAAACCACUAAAGAACGUUUCAAACGAGAAGGUAUCGAGCUACGAGAGCUACCGAAAACUUUUCGAGACGCUAUUCUGUUCGCCUGUCGCCUAGACAAAGUUGGGUUCAUCUGGAUCGAUUCGAUGUGCAUCAUACAACCGACUGAGAGCUACAGCAACCGCUCGAAAGAGUCUGUCAAAGAUUGGCUAGAGCAGAGCCGAACAAUGGACCAGAUAUAUCGGGGGUCCUUCCUCAAUAUCUCCGCCACUGCUGCAGUUGACGGAGAUCAGGGUUUGUUCUUCAGUCGGCGACCAGAGUAUCUUUGGGAAGACGAGAUCAACGUCAACUACUCUGGAACAAAUCUGUUUGGAUCGGAGAAGAUCGGAAGUACAGAAAGAGAUCAGCUGACGAGGUGCACUGUUAUAGACGUGUCAUUUUGGGAUGAACUAGUUGAAAAUGCAGCCGUCAACCGCAGAGGCUGGGUUCUUCAGGAACGUCUCAUGGCGCCGCGUGUACUGCAUUUCUGUCGCGACCAGAUCGCCUGGGAGUGUGCAGAGUUUGAAGAUGCCGAAGGCCAUCCUGAGAUGAAUCUAACUCUGAGGGCCAAGCUAGGGUCUAUUGUAGAUGAAGGGCGCCUCAAGGACCUAACUCCAGAAGCUGGUCGCACACUACGAAACAACCGCCUAAAUGGCUUUCCGGAUCCCGACAAAGACAUGACAGACCUUUACAUAUACGAACUAUGGAAGCAUAUUGUUGAGGUCUAUUCCAGAACACAACUCACAGUGUCGAGCGACAAACUCAUAGCACUUUCAGGAAUCGCGCGACGUUUCUGCGAAGGGAAUUCCAAACUGUUCACGCUACCAAAUAAGUACAUUGCGGGAUUGUGGAGCCAGAACCUAGAGAGCCAGCUUCUUUGGCAAGUGAAUGAGCUUUUUCGUGACGGCGUGUUCGAGAACCCAGCACGACGCGAUGCAACUCGAGCGCCUUCGUUCUCCUGGGCAUCCAUUGAUACUCCUCACGGUGUUACCUAUCCAGAUGUCACCGACUACAAGCCUGAAGAAACAAGUGAAAGGCGAACCAGGGCUCAUAAUCAGCCCAAAGAACUCAUGCUCGAAGUGCUAAAGCAUCGCAUCAAGCUGUCGGACGAAGACAACAAGUUUGGCAUGGUAGUGCAAGGACGACUAUUGCUCAAGCCUCGCUAUCUCAGGAGGAUUGAGCUGCGUAGGCUCCACCCACCCCUCAGGGUUCCCUACAGCUGGCGCCUCAAGCCAGAUGCGUCCACGUCUGAAGUGGUGCAGACCACUUCCAAAGCUGCGCGCCCACUCGAAAACGCCAAUCUCUAUCUCGACGCUCCCGAAUCCGAUGUCGAUAUUUUCUUCGACGACGCGGAACUAUACUGCAUGCCUGUUGCGUAUGGGGAGCGAACAGUACGGGAAUCCUCCCGUUAUCUGUACUGCUUGUUGCUCAAAUUAGAGAAACAUGUAGAAUUCGACCCCGAAGCCAACGCUUCAAACAAGCGCAGGGUUGGCUUGUCGCCCCCCACACAAUACCCCAUGUUCAGGCGGAUUGGCAUAACGAAGCUGUCGAAUCAUUUGGAUAAAGACGCACAAAACGCUUUGAUGUCGGAAGACAACAAACUGGAGAUUUGCUUGGACUGACGGAGCGUGCGGCGGCGCACUGGUCUGAUAUUCUUGAUUAACCAACUCUCUUCGGUGACUGUCCUCAGCAACAUGAUUGUAGUAGAAGUUCUGUAUGAAUGAGCCAGGGAAGUACAGAUAGCUGCAUAUUUUUGAGUGCGGCACCGUUACCAUGUUCAAUUGACCCCACUUUCAGAUGUGCCCCUCAACCCCACCAUCAGCAGAGCCCGGCUGUCUCGUCUCAUAACAGCUUGGGAUGAUUAAUAACUACAGAUCAUAUAGCAAACUACUAGAAAAUUUUCCAUCGAUUACCUAAUCGGGCGCUUGGUCUAGGGGUAUGAUUUUCGCUUCGCAUACAUCUGCGUAAUCUGUGAAAGGUCGUGGGUUCAAUUCCCACAGCG